AUGAAUGCCCGGAAAGCCGAGGCGCCGCCGCCCGAGAAGAAGGAGCGGGAGUUCCCGAUGAAGGGGAAGCUGCUCCUUGAAACGGCGCGACAAUGCUUCCGCCUGACCGCGCACGCUACGCGCCAGCUCUUGGUGGUGGUCUCCAAGCAACUCCACAGCCGGGCACGGCAGCGGGAAGUGUCGCCGACCAUCUCUGGACUGGCCACGGAGUUGGCGAAGGUGGCGAAGGCCUGCGUUUCUGGCGUUCCGCCCAACGACACC